AUGGCGGCCCUCUUGUGCUGCUGCAUGAGUUUUUGCACUCUUGCGCGUGGAAGCUACACGAAAUUCGAGGCCUGUGCCUCUAACUCCCUUUGCCUUGGCGGACUGCUAUGCCUUGCGGCAUUGGUUUGGAUGACGGUCCGGCAUGUGCAAGAGGGCUUUUGGUGGACCGCGUUCAUCCUCUGCCCGGCAGCCUGCUGUGGCUGCUUGCAGUCGACCGCGUUCUAUGUGUUCUAUUGGACAGACAGGGAAGAGCGGCCAGAGGGGUUCUUAGAAGCUCACGUGCGGAGGCUCGAAUCCGCAGAGGCGGAGAUCCAGAGGAGAAGCCUCCGGUUUGAAGGAUCGGUGAUCCGCGAGGUUGGCCGGCCCUGCGUCACCUCCUGGCCUGGUAAGUACGAAGGGGGCUGGGAGAGGCUCGUCGCUGAGAGUCGCCAGGGGCAGGUCAGCGCGGCCGUGGUGUUCCUGCCAGACGGUACGAAGGACAGUGGGAAGCACGAUCGUAUCCCGGAAGAGGAAGGCCUCACCGGCGCCUGCUGGUGCACACCCCUCUACGGCGAGCGGAAGCCUUGGGGCUGUCGGUGGUGGACGAAGUGGAUGGCAAACGUGGAGCUUGCCGUGAAGUCUGGAGCUCAGCUAGACGUCUACUUCAUGAAAGGCCAGGUGGGCAAGGGCAAGGUGGAAAGCUUCGACACGGCUGGAAGCGAGCACCUUCGAAAGGAUAAAAUCCUUGCGAAGCGCGCCGACUUCAAGAAUUCCGCAGAGUUCCAACAAGCCUCCGCCGCAGGUCUCGAUGGCCUCUCUCGCGAACGCUGUGAGGAUAGCUCCUCCCGCUACGCCAAAGAAGUUGAUCGCUUGUUCCUGGCUUGGCUUCCCAAAGAGGAUGCGGAGUUGCUGGAAGGUUGGGAAGGCCUGGGGAACUCGCAAAAAGCUGAGGUGGCCUGGCUCGAGCGGAAGGGCUACAGCUACCGCGGGGUCGACGUCGCCACGUGGCUCGCAGAGGACAGCAACGAAGGCCAUGGCCAUGCUAUGAGGCCUGAUGUCGAGUCCAAGCCGCAAAGCGCAAGCGCAGCACCUUGGGCGCUUCCGCACGAAAUCCCAGCUGCUGUAUCAGAUCUCAAUCAGGCCGUUGGCGCUCCCGCGGCCCCAGAGCUGUUGGAGUAG